AUGACUCCGAAGAAAGAAAAGAGGCCACCUCUUGCGGACGACAUCGGCACGAAGUACACAAUGCUUGACCCUAGGUUCGACAAGCGUCACCGUGCCCGUUUCAUUGAGAAUGGACUGAUGCUGUCGCCACUGCGGAUGAGGGCUCACAAGACGACGGUUAAGAUGGAGUACGACGAUCGCAACCGGACUUCCGGCAUACCGCUGCCAUGGCUCCUCGAGCACCGGAGCAAGUGCCCGGAAGAUGCCGAGCCCCGGGUGGUGGAGCAGUACGCCAGGGCCUACCUGUGGUACAUUCUCACGGAGGUAGUGUUUCCGGACUGCUCCGGGAACUCUGCCCUAUGGAUGUAUCUCGACUUCCUAAAGGACUGGGAUGCGGGGUACAGCUGGGGGGCUGCCGGACUCGCCUACCUAUACCGUUCGCUUGACGACGCGACCCAGAGAGCGGAAGUCACGUCCGGUAUGUGUGGAUGUGUAUGGGGCCUCUCCAUUUGGAUGUGGGAGCGAAUCCCGGUGGGCCGUCCGGAGAAGAUGCGCUCGCGUGCAUGGACGGACUAUGGCGGAGAUGACGAAGAUGAUCGGUACCCGACCGUUGCAUACGCUUGGGACGUGGUGCGUGUCUACACGGGCGAAUCGAAGGCCUUGUACAAGGUCUUCAGCAACGAGCUUGAUGCUCUCACGCCUUUCCAGGUUAAUUGGCGGCCGUAUAGUGAUGAUCGAGAGUGGGGGUUCGAGCUGAACAGCAUGUGCAAGCAGGACCGGCUUCUCUUCCGGUGCAUCGUGCCCAUGAUUUGUGUCUAUGCCGUGGAGUACCACUUGCCACAGCGCGUUGCCGCACAAUUUGGAUGA